AGAACAAAACCUGCUGCAUUUAUGAAGGUGUAUAGGGGUUCAUCAUCCCAGCUUCAAUAUGGUUUAAUGUACCAUAUAUGAGAAGACUGAGCUCAAGUGUAACUUCGUUUUAUAAAUCUAUAAAUAUGGGAGGUCCUCCUCCACCUCCUCCUUCCACUGGAAUAAGUGAUGUGCCUGUCAGUAGUAGUGGAGUCAGAUGGUAGGAGUGGCUGAAGAGCUGGCAGUCUUGCUUUGCAUGAAUCUUCCAAGUUUAUCGGCGGCUGCAGCAGCUCACAUAUUUCCUGUCAGCCGCGCAGACAGACGGAUCCGGGAAAAGCAGAGGCUUGGGCGGAGGAGAAGGAGGAGAGACAGAGAGGGAUGGCGGAGAAUAGCUGCGAAACGAGCGGCUCCGCUGCCCGGAGAUGCGUGGCCCAUUUUCCCGCUGAGAGGAACCUUUCGGCCAGUGUCGGGGCGUCGAAGUGGAUUCGACUGAACGUCGGUGGCACGUAUUUUCUCACGACCAGACAAACGCUGUGCCGGGAUCCCAAGUCAUUUCUUUACAGACUGAGCCAAGCGGACCCCGAGCUCGACUCUGACAAGGAUGAAACUGGUGCCUAUCUUAUAGAUAGAGACCCUACAUACUUUGGACCAGUGCUGAACUACUUAAGGCAUGGCAAACUGGUGCUCAACAGGGACUUGGCUGAGGAAGGUGUUUUAGAAGAAGCUGAAUUUUACAACAUCACAUCAUUAAUAAAACUCAUCAAAGAGAAGAUCAGGGAACGUGACUGCAAAACAUCACAGGUUCCAGUGAAACACGUCUAUCGGGUCCUGCAGUGCCAGGAGGAAGAGCUGACACAGAUGGUGUCCACAAUGUCUGACGGCUGGAAGUUUGAACAGCUGGUCAGCAUAGGCUCCUCUUACAACUACGGAAACGAAGACCAAGCCGAGUUCCUGUGUGUAGUCUCCAAGGAGCUGCACAAUCAGUCGUACGGGACCAACAGUGAGCCCAGUGAGAAGGCUAAGCAGAUUCUUCAGGAACGGGGUUCCCGGAUGUGAAGACGACGUAGUAUUAUGAGCUCCAGGUGUUAUGAUGUAAAAACAUAUCAUCUUUGCGGAAGAACGUUUGGCACAACUGAGAUUUAACCGGCGGUGGGGGUGGGGCCUGUACAUUUACUUUGUUUCCCCUCCAUCUUUGUUUUUGUUUCCUGUCUUUUUUGUUUUGUGUCCUGACUGACAAUUUGUGCCUGUUCACUUAAACUGGACCUUUAUGGAUUAAUUAGCAGGCAGUUAUUGUCAUUUUGUUUUUCUUAUUGAAACUAAGGAACUGCAGUCUACAGACAUUUUAUGCUAUAAACUAUGGCCGUUGUUCAAGGCCAACGAUUCACUCAGGGUGAUCUGUUGAAAUCGUUAUCGCUCCAACUCAGUGGUUUAGUCAGGAGUCAGAGUCAGUUUGUAAGUCAGAAAUUUCAAGUCAGAAAUCUUUCUGUGAAGAUUGUAAGAAGGGAAAUUUGCAUUUUUAAUGCAUGUUAAAGAGUAGGAUUAUUAAAUGUAAAAUUCACCCCCAUAACCCCUUUUUAUUUUCUUUCUGAUCAUAUUUCAAGCCAUUCACAAGAUUUGUGAUCAUGAGGAUCCCAACUACAUGUGUUGUCAGAAAGUGACUUUUAACCUUGACGUAACAUUUACAUUUCUUUUUUGGUUUAAGAAAAAGGAUUGGAUUAUUUAUUGGUAGGUUUUUUUUUGUAUGAGCUUUUUUUAAAAAAAGCCUGAAUGGUGAAAAGCCCAACAUUCAGAAGAAUAAAUAAGCUUUAUAUUCAUAUUGCAAGACAUUUGACUUACUGUCUAGUCGAAGCUAGUAGUUGUAUUGCUGCUGUAAUUGACAGUGCUGUGAGUAGAAACCAUACAUAAGAAGUGGACUGGAUUGGUUGCACAACUUUGGAGCCAACUUUAAGCUCCUCCAAGUUUCCCGCAGAAACGGAACAAGAUUUUGCUGAUUACACCCUUCAACAUGAUCACUAGCUUCUUUUUUUAAUAAAGUAAAAGUCCAUGCUAUUGACACUGUAGUGCCAUCUCCAGCUGGAGAGUCAGUCAUAUGCAGUGUCCCCCCUCUCCCCCCGUUCAGUUGUUUUUUUUUUUUUUUUCAUUUUUCCUCUAAAUGGGAUCUGGAUUUGUAAAACCAGGGGAAAGGAAGUUAGUUCCAAAAGCGGCUAAGACAUCCAUUUUAUAUAAAACAUUUAAGGCCAUGUCAGCGUUUAAAUGUUGACUUUUCAGGAGCUCCAUUCACUUCUGUUAUUAUUAGGUUGAGCGUUAUUUUUUAGGCUUUAACAGAACUAUUCGUUAAAUGACUUCUUUGGUUAAAACAAGUCAAAUGUAUUUGUUUAAAAUGAUAACCUUGUGCGAUACAAACAAGUUUAAGCUGUCAGACUUCCUCUGACUGAUCAGUGAGAGACCUCAUGUUCAUAAAUCUACAGCUAAUUGCCAAUGUCAUCAACGGUAUUUCACAAAUGUUUCUUUUGUGUUGAUUCAUAUUUUUUUAACAUCUGUCCAUCAAAGUUUUCUUGUUCACUGUCUAGAAAAAAAAACCAUCCAGGACUGAAGUGACUUUGCGAUUUGUUUUUCUCUCCAUUUUUUUCUCUUAUGGAUUUAUUUUGUUGUUGUGUUAAAGUAGUUGCUGUGUUUGAGAUUUAGGGACGGGAACUGUUUGAAGGCUGUGGUGAAGGACUUUCUUUUCAUAUCCAGAUGAUUUUUUUUUCUUUGUUUUGCUGUAUAUAAUCCAAAUUCAUUAUUAAUAUUUAACUCUGAAAGAAAGAAAACUGCACGUUUUGUACACUGUAUAGAAACGCAACUUUUGAAGUGAGAGUUGUUUAUACUGGAUCUUUAAACAUCAACCUUGAUAAUGUUAAGCUCUGUUUUUUGCAAUGUUUGUACAGUACUAUAUGUAUAUUUACACAUUAGGUUUAAAAAACAACAACAACAAAAACAGCUUUUGCUGACUCUUGAUACCUUCCCUGAGAACGUACAGUACCUGGAACUUGUUUUGAUAACCAAUAACAAAGCUACACCUGGCUGGCUAUGAAGUUGACUGUUACAUUUAAGAAAACAAAUAUGUUUUUUCCUGCAUUGUAUAAGAACGGUGGAAGCAUUUGGAACAUUUGUGUAGAUUUGGUACACAGCAUUGCAUGCACUACAGUGGGAAGUAGACACUGUGCACAUUGCUUACAGCCUACAGGCUUGUUGUUGUACUUGUAAAUACAGCAUUUUAGAACUUUUUUUUUUUUCUAAAAAAAAAUAGAAACUUGUUUUCAGGUUUUAUGUGUACUUUUUGAUAGGUUGAAUAUUCCAUUCACUAAUAAUCUUUUGGUGUUGCCUUUUUUCCUCCCCAAGACCAAUUCCAUUGUCUUAUGUGUGUUGCACACAUUGAUCUUCAGUGUCAGGGAUAAGUAACUUUUUUAAUGCUGGCGUUCUUUGUACAGACACGCACACAAACCUACAACAAACCAACUUACUCGUACACUUGACUAAAAAACUUUUAUAUAAUUUGAGGAAACAAGUGUUGAUGCAUGUUUUUGAUAUAGAGCACAUAAGGGCUUUCAAAGUGCAAAAUAAAAAAAGAGUAAAUCAAAAUAGACUGAUUCCUGCCAGAGAUAGGCAAUGUUUACAUUUGCUCAAGAGUUCUGAAGCCUUCCAGUCUCUACACUCCUCUUGCACUCCUUCACACACAUUAAUGUUCAUGUGCAAAGUCUGAGGCCACCUUUUGAUCUGUCAUUUUGAUGAAGGUUAUUAACUAGCUGUUUAUUUUUAGUCCUGUUCUUGAGAUGCAACAAAAAUGUAGAAAAUGCUAAAAACCUGAAAUAAGAAAAAUAAAUAAACUCAAAAACUGUUCUCUUUGACAUUUAAAUUAGAAUUUAAUACAUUGACUUGUUCUGUAAUUUUCCUUUUUUUUAAGUUGCAAUACUACCACGUAAUAGUGCUAUUUUGCAGAAUGGGCAUUUCCUUGAUUCCAUGAUUCUUUGGCUUAUUUUUAAUUAAAUUGCUGCAUACAUUCAAGUCAUGUUCUAUUUAAUAGACCAAUAGAAUAUCUUGAAAAGAGGGUAGCCUGAUUAUUUUGAUAGUUAAAAUUUAAAAAAGUUGUUUAUUUGACAUUGUAGUCAAUAUAUAGAAAGAUUAUCUUAAGAUAUUUCUCUUUUGCAUUAAUUUUAUUAUACAUAUGCUUUACAAUAUCCUGCCUGUACUUCAGCUGAGAAAGUAGAUGGUCUUCUGCAUAUUAAGCUUCUUAAUAGCAUAGACAAACUUGGCAUCAUACUAAUAAAGUUGAACCAGGGCUUCAAAAAUCCAGUUUUUAAUGUCAUCUGUUUUAUGGAUUUUAGAAUGAGUCUAAGAAGGAAAAGUACUUUUUUUAAAAAACAAAACGGAAUCUAAUAGUGGCCUGAGACUUACCACAGUACUGCCUGACAGGGUCACCUAGAGUAAUACUACCCCAUCCUGUAUAUAUACUAAUACUUGGCUUGUGCUUGAGCGUGUUAGACAAUCUUGCUUUUCACCCUCUCUUAUUACAAACAUACUAACUUUAAGAUGUGUUGAAUCUAACUUUUUUUUGUUAAGCACGUUAGCAAAGUAUAAGUGCUGUUGCAUUGUCUUAGUUGUGACCUAAUUCAAUAUGUUUUCACCUGUCGUUUAGGCCACAUCACCUUUAACAAUGUUCAUAAACGUGGUCCAGACAAGAUCAUUUCACAGAAUGCAUUCAUUCAUUCAACUCUGCAACUCCUAGCACUUUUAAGUGCCCCGUUGCUUUAUUGCAUUCUACUUAUUAGCCCCACAACACUGUAUUGCAUGGUUGACUAUGAUCAGACGUGUAAUGAUUGUUUCAUUUUCCUCCCCUCAGUCUAACAGUUAUAUCCAGUAAUAAGGUCUUCGUAUCACUACACAGAUCACUUCUAUACGAUCUUAUGCAAUGUUUUAAGACAAUGUAAAAUGUUAAGGGAUAGAUUUAUAUGGUCUUUAAAUGAGGUAACAAUAAAAAUUUCACCC